AUGUCUAACGCCGAGCUCGCCACCUCUUACGCCGCUCUCAUCCUCGCUGAUGACGGUGUCGACAUCACUGCCGACAAGCUCCAGUCUCUCAUCAAGGCCGCAAAGAUCGAGGACGUCGAGCCCAUCUGGACGUCCCUGUUCGCCAAGGCUCUCGAGGGCAAGGAUGUCAAGGACCUACUACUGAACGUCGGUUCAGGCGGCGGUGCCGCUCCCGCUGCUGGUGCUGCUGCCGGCGCUGCCGCAGGCGGUGCUGACGCUGCUGAGCCCGCUGCUGAGGAGAAGAAGGAAGAAGAGAAGGAGGAGUCAGACGACGACAUGGGCUUCGGUCUCUUCGACUAAGCGCAUCACUUCCCUUCCUUUCUUCGAGAUUUGCCUUUUACGGGGUUGCACAACGGAUUAUCAGCGGGCAUAUUCCCAUUGCUGGGGUGGAAAUAGUCACGAUCUUUCAGUGACUCGGCUUGCAUACGGGCCCUCCCCGGAAGAACAAAGAUGGCGUCAUGAGAUAUGUUAGGUCGGCGGGUCAAUGAAACUUCGAAAAGCGCAA